UGGGAAAGUACAAAGUACUAGUGCGUAGUAGAUAGACAGCGAGCAACAUAAUUGAAUUAUUCAAACACUCGAGUUGCAUAAUUAUCGAAAGGACGCCGUUUUUGCCGUUAACUAAAGCUCAUUUUAACACAGCUGGACUGAAAAACCUUUCAUAUUUAUGUUGAAAACCGAACUGAGGUAGUUUCAAAAAGCUUCUUUUUAAGUCUUCUUGUUCUUUGUUCUGACGAAUCUUGAGCUGUCCUAACGUAUCGCCGAUUCGCCGAGUUUCUCGUCGCGUGUCAAUUCGAGAUGGGAACCAGAGUCUUACAAAGUCCAAAAUUAUGCCGGUAAGUAGAUCAGGGUCGUUGCUUCAGGCAAGAGUAUACUUAGUCUGUUUUAUUCUUUAGGGUUGAGGAAUAUUCUUCUCCGAUAUCCUCUAGAUCUUCUUAAUUCUUCUCUUUCGCUCAGCUGUCUACGUGACACGUGCGACAAAUUAUUAUCAUUUAAUUAGGUCCAAGACAUGACGCUUUUUACAUACAUGAAAUUAAAUUACGCCUGUAAUGCAGUUUCAACGUGAGUUCAUCGUUGAAUUGAUCUUUUGUGAAGGUAUCUUUUGCCCAAGACCACUGAAAUAAAAAUGUUAAGGAUUUAAGUCAAAUAAUACACAAUAAAUGACACAUGAAAUUGACAUAUAAUCGAGACAGCUACGUGACCAUUAAGUAACACAAUGGCAAUGCUCAUGCGGUACACGUGAUUAUGUCUGGAGUCGAAACAUCCGACGAGUGACAGAGAUCCACUUUUGUUUUCUGCUGAAGAAGGAAGUUAACCUUGGCAGUGUCCUUCGUUUUUUUUCCUUUAGAAACAUCGAUGUAUUCCUUUCGAAUAUUUUCCAGCCUUCCCGUGAAAUUGCGAAGCGACAUAAUAUAAUCUCGAAAUUAACUCGACAUGGUAUGUGCCGGUUCAAAUUUUUGGCAAUAUUUGUAGUUGUAGUGGUCAGCAAAAUUUAGUUUUAGCCUUGCUCUUGACAUGGAAAUCAGGUUUUUCACAGGAUAAAUAAUUUAAAGUUAAAAUGAGAGACGAGAUUCGACAGAGGUUUUACACCAGUAUAUCAGGUGCUGUAAAUAUGACGUCACGCGCCCGUUGACGGCUGAAAUAAUUAUUGAUGCGUGUUUUCUCAGAGUACGUUCUGGCCAGGUAAAGUGAGUCGUCGCAGCUUUAAAACGUGAAAAUACCACGCAGGAUCGGCUGAUAUUUUUCUCUGCGUACUUCUUUGAUUUGACAGCAUUUUCUUUGGGGACAAGUGAACCAUAGCAGACUUUCACGUCAGUCAGUUAACAUGACGAACAAACGAUCCCUGGAGCGUCGUAGGUUAGUUUCAAUUGAUUUUACCCAUCCAAGCGAAGUGAACGUCACUCGGUUGAAAUUUACAGUUUCGGUGAGGGCUGCGGCAUCGUUGAAUACUUAAGUGUAUUGAUUUUUACGAGCAGAUAAGCGAAACUGUCGAUUAAAAUCGAAUUUUUCGUUGUAUCUUACGAUUUCAAGAGUCCCCUGCAGAACGCUAAGGGCAGAUUUGGUGUAGAGCGCAAGAUCGCGCUUUUCUUGAUCAGAUGCUGUUUUAAAAAUGAAAGUAUCGUGUAAUAUUUUAAACUGAUAAUUAACGUCAAGGACUGUUUCAUCGGCAAUUCUAGCUUUAGAACAGAUGUUAUUAAAAUUGCUUAUCGUCCUUUGAAGAUGAAAUCGGAGAAUUUACAUACGUGAUAUUUUGCGAAUGUAAACACUUUGACCGGCUUUCUUGCAAGGAAUGAAUUAUUAAAUACAGGAAAUAAGCGAAGCGUGCUGACACAAAAGAACCGGAAAUUAAUACUACUUUUCGAUUAUUUUACUUAGAAGUGUUUAGCGACAGACGUAAUCGACGAUUGCCCGACCCAAGUGAUUCCCUUUAGCCACCCAAGAGGCGCCCGAAACUGAUAUAAUAGUUUUGAAAUUAAUAGUGGCGGUUUGUACUGGAUGUUGAUUUGAAAUGAAAGGUGCUUCAGGACUCGUCGAAGCUUCUUUGUCUCAACUCAUAAGAUUACUAUGACCCUGGUAUUAAACCGCACAUCCUCGACAUUCGUUUAUAAAAUGAACACAUUUCAAAUCCCCCUCCCUCCCCUUCCCUGUGCAGUGUUGGCACAGAGACGUUUCAGUUGUUUUCAAAAUUGCUUUGCGGGGGAAAGGGAGGGGGGGGGGAAAUAGGGCCAGAGGGGGAGAGGGGAGCUUGGAACAUUAUUCUGAAAAUAAUUUUUACAAUAGAUAAUCUGAGUAACAUAUAUCAAAGAAGGCUUUGUCAACAAAUAAUGAAAAUGUUCCAACAAGUUUGACUAGGACUAACCUAAGUUGAAACAGGUAGCGUUUUUCUGCCAUGAUUUAUUUUGUGCAAGGACCUCCUUCAAUGAGCUCAUCCAAACCUUUCUACACUAACACCAGUCACCAUAUUUUCUAUACCAUUUUCUCUGCGCUUCCUAUGUUACUAACAAGAGAAUUUAACCUUUUAACUCCCAAGAUCUGAUUGUUAAUUCUCCCCUGUAGCUGCUACACAUUUCCUUGUAAAUUGGUUUUGAGAACUUGGUGCUACAUCAAGAUAGCAGCAUCUACCUGAUAAGGUUGAAUAUUCUCAUUGCCUGUUUUCUGAAGAAUGUGUGGAUAUUGUAGGGAGAAUUUUUAUGUUAAUCACUUCUGGGAGUUAAAGGGUUAAACCUGGCUAGUUUAUCUGGCUCUAGCCUGUGCUCUUGAUUGUGCUAGUUAAGCUCUGUUAAAGGAACCACAAGCAAACCAUCCUUAUGGAAGACUAAUGAGAGAAACAUCUAGAAAUGUAUGGUGCCUAUGAAUAAAGUACUGAAAAUUUGUAUCUUUGACACACCCUAGCCUGAAAAUCCCAUUUAAGUGCACUGAAAUGCCAGUGCCCUUUGCCCUAUUGAGUCAUGCCCCGUCUGUAGCAUGAAUCACCCCCGCCCUUCAAAAAGGGGGGGAUGACAGUGACAAUUUUCUGCGCAGCUCACUUAAAGUGGCUUAGACAAGCCACUUUAAGUGCCUUUCCUUGUGUUUGAUAGGGCUGGUAUUCAUGCAGCAAGAAGGAAUAAAAAAUGGAGUAUCAAGAACUGGAAAAUAUUUAUACCACAUAGAAUCUUCAAAGCCUCUUAAGGUGCCUUUCCUUAUGUUUGGUCAGGCUGGUAUUCAUGCAGCGAGAGGGAAUAAUAAAUGGAGUAUCAAGAACUGGAAAAUAUUUAUACCAUGUAGAAUCUUCAGAAUUAUAUGCUGUAGAAAAAAAGUUUAAAACUAUCCCACAAGGGGAGGGGGAAGGGUGGGUCACUGACACCAAGGACCUCCUAGCUACGCCCCUGUAUCAGCUACUUUUAAAAGGAGAUUUUCCAGGAUACAGAAAUCCAAUGAUGUUUAAGAAUUUAUUGUACUAAAAGUUUUGAUGUGUUUCUUUUAUCUCACAUAUGGAAUGUGUAAAAUUGUGGCUAUUUUACUCUGAUUUUCCAACAUACACUUGAAUUGAUAAUGUUUCAUCCAUGUUAUUCAUUUCCUUCUUUUGCUAUUGGUUUUGGUAGCAGUAACUCUUACUGCAGAAAGGCUUCUCAGAUAAUGAAUUUAGCAGAAAAAAAAACGUAAUCCCUUUAUAUGCCUUUUAAAGGAUACUACUCUUUAUAUCUGUUGUAGCUGCACGGAGUAUUUUGAUGCUGCUGUGCUAGAUGCAUUUCCAAAGAAGAGGACAUCAGUACGUAUUCUGGAUGCGGGCGCAGGACAAGGUUCAACCGCCUCUUACCUGCGUUCCUUGGGAUACAACAACAUUGAUGCCUUGACAGUGUCUAAAGAGAGACUUGAUCGUGCAGAAGCAAGUGGACUUUACAGAAACCUUCUUUACACUGCUCUGAAAGCAGAAUCCACCUUGUGCGCCACUGGUGCGUUUGAUGCCAUGAUCUGUGCAGACGGUGUUUUUCCAGAUGAAGUGGACCCUGAUGCAAUGGAUGAGAUGUUACGCCUUGUCAAGCCAGGUAGCUAUUUUAUGUUUUCAAGAGUGAAUCAAGUUUAUGGAUGAUCUAUGCUGAGCUAAAAGAAAAACGAAUCUGGAAAAUUGCCUCAUGUUUAGCGUUGUUUAAGGGAUGAAAGUAGUGACUGUACUAUUAAGGUCAUUUAGCAAUACGAUGUUACAGCCGAGCAGGGUUAUUGGGCCAUGUUAUUGGGUAAGGCUUAAGCUAUAUCAGUGCCCCUCUCUUCUUACUAGUGAUAACUGGUUCAAGCAAAUUGCCGUUAAAAUGCUGAAAAACUUUGUUAGCAUCCAUUUUUUCAAGGAAGUGUAGAUUAUGAGCAGUCCCUGCUUAUUUGCGGUUUUGUCAUGCAAAUAAUAAAAAAUCUUUAAAAAAAGGAUGUUGGUGUGCCGUGUGGAACUCUAGAUCUUUGAUUAAGACUUUGCUGAAAAGCAGGGACGGCUGGUAGUCUUAAGGGGGUGUGUCAAUUAUCAAGUUUGGGCUUAGGUGCAAUGGAUCAAGAAAUUAUUAAAAAUUAUUUUUUCUCUCAACUGCUUCUGUUUCAGGUGGUAUUGUGUGCUUCACAAUGAAUGCAGCACAAUUUGACAGUGCCCAUAACAGCUUCCGAUUAAAAUGCGAAGACUUCAUCUCCAAGAGAAAAUGGAAACUAAUAUCACAAGGUAUUACUUCCCAACCCCAAGAUUCAGAGAAAGACAACAAUAAUCAUCAAUGUGCUGAAAGAAACUCUUCAGACAGCUAUGUUUUAGUUUUUGUGGUAAUUGAUAAUUACUAAAACUUUGUAUCUAUAAAGGGGGUAAGUUUCUAAAGAAACUGUGGUGCUGCAUCGGUGGGAGAGUAUAACAGGUAAUUUAGUGUUAACAACUAAGUUGAAAACAUAAAUUAGCUACCGUAAAGGGUAAAAAAAAUUAUAAUUGCUCUGAUGAAGGGUUCAUGCUCGAAAUGUCAGCUUUUUUUAUCCUUUAUGGUGGCUAAUUUAUGCUUUCAACUUAGUUGUUAACACUAAAUUACCUUUGCAUCCAUAGCCUGGCAUAAUGUCAGCCUUGAAUAUUAACAUCAAGUGCGGUCAUCUUACAGAGAAUGGUGAAAAUAUUAUUAAAUUUAUUUGGAGAUGUUAACUCUUGAGGCCAAUGGUUCUACCCGACCCAUAUUUUUAUUGCAAAAAAAUUCACCAGCAAAACUUAUUUGAUCAUAUAAAUACUAUUACAUUAAGCUCUUUAUAGUAGUUUUCAAUUGAAAAUCAAAUGUUUUGCCACAAAAUUUAUAUGGUGCGCACUCAGAUAAGUGUGCAUGGGCAAUCUUUUUUUUAGCCUUUAUGCCUGUUUUCAACUCUUUUUUGAGGCGACCAUGAGAAUAUAAUGUUUUUUAUCCAUUCACUCUGUCAAGAAAUAUUGCAUUAAAAAAAAGGCUACAUGAGAUUUUUUUUAUCUAAAAUUUUAAGAUAGAACAUAAUUUAGCACUAAACAUUCAUGAAAAUAAAUGAAUAAAUGGUAUAGCAGUGCUUGUAUUAGGGAUUUAUAAAUUUACUGUAAAUUAUUUAAGAAGGAAAAUUAUUCUUUGAUAAGAAUUUGUGACUGUCACAGUUCAGGCCAUCUGUCUUUGUAAAAAUAUUGAAUAUGGUCUUUUAAGUCAGUCUACUUAGUCUUUAUUGUAACUAUUUUGAUUAUGAUCAGAAAUUUAAAUGUUAUAAAUAGCUUGUUUAUUAACUAUAAUUUAAAACUGUUUGCUCUUUAUGAAAGAGAAUGCAAUUGGGCCAUCCACAAAUGGCUUGGCUGUAUGUUUUGUAGGAUAAAAAUAAUAUUCAGCUUUUGGAAACAAUAAAACUUUGUAAAUACAGC